AUGAUGCCCCCUGAGCAAGAAACCACUAUUGCACCAAACAUUCCACCCAUCUCUAUCCGACCAGAGACCAGCUCGGUCCACCAUGAACCAGAGGGUUCUACCACUAACAAAAUCAAACCAAGUCUGGAACUAGAUGAUAAUGGCAUUCCCAUGCAGCAUCAGACUCAGCCAACACCACCAACACCACCACCACCAAGAUUUUCCGUUCUUCACCAAGCCUUGCGCCCCAUUAUCCUCAAAUUCGAAGACGUGUCUUACACUAUAACCUUCGAAAGCCAGAAGAAAAAGGGUUGUGUUUUACGUAAAGAGUCAAAGCUAAGAAGAAAGGUGCUGAGCGGCGUGACCGGAGUAGCGAACCCAGGCGAGUUAACAGCAAUGCUGGGUCCCUCCGGGAGCGGCAAGACGACCCUUCUAACCGCCCUGGCGGGCAGGCUCGCCGGGAAAGUGUCGGGCACGAUAACGUACAACGGACGCAGCGACACCUCCUUCUUGAAACGAAAGGUUGGGUUCGUGCCCCAAGACGACGUUCUCUACCCUCACCUCACAGUGUUGGAGACUCUCACUUACGCGGCUCUGUUGAGGCUGCCCAAGAGUUUGAGCAGAGAAGAGAAGAAGGAGCACGCGGAGAUGGUGAUCGCGGAGCUUGGCCUCACACGGUGUCGUAAUAGUCCCGUUGGAGGGGGCAUGGCUCUGUUCCGGGGCAUUUCGGGUGGGGAACGGAAACGGGUCAGUAUCGGGCAGGAGAUGUUGGUCAACCCGAGCUUGUUGUUCGUGGAUGAGCCCACUUCGGGUUUGGACUCCACCACAGCCCAACUCAUCGUAUCGGCGCUCCGAGGGCUCGCCCGGGCGGGUCGGACCAUCGUGACCACCAUCCACCAGCCUUCCAGCCGGUUGUAUAGGAUGUUUGAUAAGGUGGUGGUCUUGUCCGACGGCUACCCCAUUUAUAGCGGGCAUGCGGGUCGGGUCAUGGACUAUCUCGGAUCUGUUGGGUAUGUCCCGGCUUUCAACUUCAUGAACCCGGCAGAUUUCCUACUUGACCUUGCUAACGGCAUCGUUGCUGAUGUUAAACAUGAUGAUCAGAUAGACCACCCUGAGGAUCAAGCUUCAGUCAAACAGUCCCUAAUUUCAUCCUUUAAGAAGAACUUAUAUCCUUCUCUUAAAGAAGAUAUUCAACAAAAUAACAGUGACCCUCUGGCUUUUGCAUCAGGAACACCUAGACGCUCUGACAACCAAUGGACCACUAGCUGGAGGGAGCAAUUCAGGGUUCUUCUUAAGAGGGGUUUACAAGAAAGGAGGCAUGAAUCUUUUUCUGGUUUGAGGAUUUUCCAAGUACUGUCUGUGUCCAUUCUUUCAGGACUUCUGUGGUGGCACUCUGAUUCUGCACAUGUACAAGAUCAGGUGGGACUCCUGUUCUUCUUCUCCAUCUUCUGGGGAUUCUUCCCCCUCUUCAAUGCCAUCUUUGCAUUUCCUCUGGAGAGGCCAAUGCUAAUAAAGGAAAGAUCUUCAGGGAUGUACCAACUGUCCUCGUACUAUGUUGCCAGGAUGGUGGGGGACUUACCAAUGGAGCUAGUGCUUCCUACCAUAUUUGUAACUAUAUCCUACUGGAUGGGUGGUCUCAAGCCUUCAUUGGUAACAUUUGUGUUAACCCUCUUGAUCAUGCUUUUUAAUGUGCUAGUCUCUCAAGGCAUAGGCCUAGCUCUUGGGGCCAUCCUCAUGGAUGUGAAGCAGGCCACAACUCUAGCUUCAGUGACCAUGCUGGUGUUUCUCUUGGCUGGUGGUUACUACAUUCAGCAAAUGCCUGCUUUUAUAGCUUGGUUGAAGUACAUUUCUUUCAGUCACUACUGCUAUAAGCUACUGGUAGCAGUCCAGUAUCCAAUAAAUGAGGUAUAUGAGUGUGGACCAGAGUUACAUUGUAGGGUGAGAGAUUUCCCUGCCAUAAAGUGUCUUGAGCUUGAUGAUAACAUGUGGGGUGAAGUGGCUGCAUUGACUGUAAUGUUGAUUGGAUACAGAGUUGUGGCAUAUCUAGCCUUGAGGAUGAGGCAGCCUCACUGA